AUGACCAGUAAUAUUUCCCAGCCUGCGCUGGUGCAACUUUGCUACGAGAACGUGAACGGAUCUUGCAUUAAAUCUCCAUACUCACCUGGAUCCCGAGUCAUUCUCUACACAGCUUUUGGCUCAGCAUCUGUACUGGCGAUAUUUGGAAACCUUAUGGUGAUGAUUUCUGUCCUGCAUUUCAGGCAACUGCACUCUCCAACCAAUUUUUUGAUUGCUUCUCUGGCCUGCGCCGACUUCCUAGUGGGUGUGACUGUGAUGCCCUUCAGCUUGGUCAGAUCUGUGGAGAGCUGCUGGUACUUUGGUUCUCAGUUUUGUACCCUUCACAGCUGCUGUGAUGUGGCAUUUUGUUACUCUUCUCUCUUGCAUUUGUGUUUCAUCUCCAUCGACAGAUACAUUGCUAUUACUGACCCCUUAGCCUACCCUACUAAGUUCACGAUGUCAGUGGCAGGGAUAUGCCUCAGCAUCUCCUGGAUCCUACCUAUUGUGUACAGCGGAGCUGUGUUCUCCACAGGCAUCAGUGAUGACGGCGUGGAGGAAUUUGUAAGUGCCCUCACCUGCAUAGGUGGUUGCCAGAUUGUAGUAAACCAGGACUGGGUGUUGAUAAAUUUUCUUUUAAUCUACACACCUACUCUUGUUAUGAUCAUUCUUUAUAGUAAGAUAUUUCUUGUAGCCAAGGUACAGGCUAAAAAGAUUGAGAGUACUAGUGGUAAACCAGAAUCAUCAUCAGAGAGUUACAAAGCCAGAGUGGCCCGGAGAGAGAGAAAAGCUGCUAAGACUCUGGGAAUUACAGUGAUUGCAUUUAUAAUUUCAUGGUCUCCAUACACAAUUGAUACAUUAAUUGAUGCUUAUAUGGGCUUCAUCACCCCUGCCUACAUUUAUGAGAUAUUCUGCUGGGCAGCUUAUUAUAACUCAGCCAUGAAUCCUUUGAUUUAUGCUUUAUUUUAUCCUUGGUUUAGGAAAGCUAUCAAACUUAUUUUAAGUGGGGAUGUAUUAAAAAGGAGUUCAUCUACCAUUGUUUUGUCUUCAGAGUAA